AUGCAGGCGGCGCUCGCUGGAGACCCGGGCAGCGGCUGCAUGGGGGAGGCCCCGGCGCCUGAGGCGUCAAAUGCGGCGCUGUGCGACACCGGGAGCGGAGGUGCCCGCACGGAGCGUGAGGGCAGCGCUGGGAGCACAGAGAAAGAAGUCAACUGUACAUCCAGAGCAGAUCAACAGAAUGGACAAAAAUCAGGUAUUGAUCAGAAGUCUGGAACCAGCUCAUCCAGUCAAAGGACAGAAGAAAAGAAAGGCUCUGUAAGAAUGACAAAAAAGAUUCUGCUAGACAUCUGUAAACAGCAGAAAUUAUACUGGACCCCAUACUUAAAUGAUACACUGUACUUGCAUUAUAAAGGAUUUGACCGACUGGAGAAUCUUGAAGAAUAUACUGGACUGAAAUGUUUGUGGCUGCAAUGUAAUGGCUUAAGAAAAAUUGAGAAUUUGGAGGCUCAGACAGAAUUGCGUUGCCUGUAUUUGCAACUCAAUUUAAUUGAGAAAAUUGAAAACCUUGAACCCUUACAAAAGCUGGAUUCCCUCAAUAUCAGUAACAACUACAUCAGGACCAUUGAGAAUCUCUCUUGUCUGAAAGUCCUGCAGACUCUGCAGAUCUCUCACAAUAAGUUACGAACAGUGGAAGACAUCCAGCACUUGCAGGAAUGCCCAAGUAUUUCUGUUCUUGAUCUCUCCCACAACAAUCUAAGUGAUCCAAGUAUUGUAGCUAUUCUGGAGACCAUGCCCAAUCUGCAUGUGCUGAAUUUGAUGGGAAAUGAGGUGAUAAGGAAAAUUGCCAAUUAUAGAAAAACACUCACUGUUCGACUAAAACAGCUGACAUAUCUGGAUGACAGACCAGUUUUCCCAAAGGACAGAGCCUGUGCAGAAGCCUGGGCUGUUGGAGGGCUUGAAGCUGAGAAAGCAGAAAGGGAAAAAUGGGAAACCAGAGAGAGAAAAAAAAUCCAAGAUAGUAUUGAUGCAUUAGCAGCAAUUAGGCAAAGAGCAGAGGAAAAGAGGAGACAAAAGUGCAUGGAAGGAGAUGCAUCAGAUACCCAAGAAGGAACAUCUGCAAACUCAAAAGAUGGUGAUGGAAAUUCUAACACAUCAGGAACCUCAAAUAGAUCAGAAGAAGAAGCUCAAGAAAAGACUGAGAAGUUUGAAAAUGAGGGUUUUGAUGUUUGUAAUGAAGUUACAAUACUUCCAUCAAAUAGAAUAGAUAACAGAGAUUUGACAUCUGGAAAUGUGCCUGGUGAAGUUCAAGAGGAUGCACAGGAACCAGACUCUUACAAAGGUGCACAUUUCAACAAGGAGACAGAUGAUCUACCAGGACAGGAGGCAGCUGCUGACAAGACCAUGCUUCCUGAGAGGGAGGAAUAUGCUGAAAUUGAACAGUUCAAACUGGAGACGCUGGAGACACUUUCUCUUGAGGAACUGCCUGAUUUAGAAGAUGUAGUUGUAAGUGAGUUUCCCCCAGAAGAGGAAAUCUUUUUUCAAAAGCAGGACUAUCACCCAAAGAUUGAAAUAAUUUCUGAAGUGACAAAUGACAGCAAUUCUGCAUUAGAAGAAAAGAAUAAAAGCAUGCUUGAGAGUUCAGUAGAAGUUCCAACAGCAAUUUUUUCAAAUGUAUGUCAGAACCAUAAAAAGCAUGAAAAGGAAGGCUUAGGACCCCUUCUCAAAAGCUUCUUUACAGAGCCUGGUAAUUCAGAAAGACACCUGGAGAUCAAAGAUAAAGAGGUAGCCCCUUUGAAGCCCUUGAUACAAGAGGUAAUCACUGAGCCCAAGGAUCAUCUGCUGUUGUCACCAGACUGUCGUCAGCCAGAUGAGCCAAGGUCCUGGGCAGAGGAUGGAAAUGGCAGUGAUGGAGAAGCACAGGGCCUGGCUGAGGGGGAAGGAUGUCUUCAUAAAGCACAAGGUGACAAGGAUGGUGAGAGUAGAUUGGAUUAAUCACUUUGAAAAAAACAAAGAUCUGGAGCACAGUGUCUGACUGACUGCAUGGAAAUAUUCCCAAAAUACAGAGGCCAGCACUGGGACCAUUUGUGAAAACUGACACAACACUGUGAUACCACAGCUCACUGCCCUGGGCUCCAAGCUCCUCAGGGCAGCUGCCUGUUUACUACUUUGAAAAUUACUGUUUGGAGGUUAAAUUCCAGUCUUUAUUUGUGUUAUUUGUGCCUUUUUCCUUCUCAAAAUGCCUUAGUUACAUGUUUAUAUAUCAGAGUUUCAUUACAGAUGUAGUUUCAAGUACAAUUUAGUGUGUCUGUCUAAACAGAAUUUUAUUUGACUAAAUAAAAAUUCUAUUUGUAAGCACA